CUUUUUUGAGGAUCUGCAGCCCAGGGGAGGCUAGGAUGAAACGAUGGAUUUUGGCAACCUUCAGUCCGUGUCUGGGAAAGACUUGGCAUACCUACAGCAAUGGCUGGAAGCGUUUGUCACCAAUUUUGAGAAGAUCAUCACUGUGCAUUCACUGGAACCAAGAAGGCCAGAAGACUCUGUCUCCGAGAUCCCUCUGCUCCCCCGCGAUGUGCUCCAUGUCCUCACCCAGCAGCUGACGUACUGCGUAUCCCAGAUCUCUCAUCAAGAGGUGGCUGAGGCAGGCCUCAACCAGACCCUCUUGCUUGUCAAGUUCUUCAUCAUCAUUUGCAGGAAUCUAGAAAACGUCCAAGCUGACCGGCCCCCGGCGUUUGUUCGUGAGCUGAUCAAUUUGCUCUCUGCUUGUUCAAACAAGCUGAAGAACAGCCAGGGGCAGCAUUUGCCUUACAAGAGUCAUCUGGAGAAGGUGACUCUCUAUGCGCUGCAUCUCUACGAAUGCCUCUUUGAUCCGUACCAGACUUGGAGGAGGCAGCUGAGCGGGGAGAUCAUCAGCAUGAAAGAGAAGAGCAAAUACAAGUUUGCACCAGCUGUGCUGCCUCAAGAGUUCAACUCUUUUUUCCAAGAGUGCUUCAAAGGGGACGAACAGCUUCCAGAGGAGCUCCAGCUGCGGCUAAUCCAUCUCUUUGGGGCCAUUAUCUCUGGAGCCAAGCAAAAUGCUCUCCUGGUAGUCACACCAUCCUCUGUCGAAGUUGUCAUGCUGAUGCUCCGCAGAUGGUGCUUCCCAGCAAGCACAGCUCCCAGAGAUCCCAAGUUGCUGCAACUGACGCUGAAGAGUUUGGUUGGGAUGGUCCACAUCCUCCAUGCCAGCAGCCCCAGCCAACGCAAAGUGGAGAUCAGGGCUAUCCUGGAUAGCUACUUCAAGGUCCUCAACUCAGACCAGCCCAUGGCCUCGCUGGAAGGUUCUCCAGGACCUCACUGGGAGGAAAGACUCAUUGACCUCAGGGUGAACAUGCUGGAUGCCAUUCCUGAAAUGUUAAAUUGUGACGACCGGCCUGUUUUGCAAGCCAUCUUUCUCAGCAACAACUGUUUUGAGCACAUCAUCCGACUGAUCCAGAACAGUAAGCUCUACUUGAGUGGGGAGUUCAAAGUAUCCGGGAGCGAUCUUGCCACACAGCUGCUGACUGGGAUGAAUGUCCAUCAGGUUUUUGAUAACAGUUCGGACGCCAUUCCCAUUCAUGCCAUCAGAGUGCUGACCUCUAUCAUGAGCAGCUCCCCUUCUGCCAAGGAGGUGUUCAAAGAAAGGAUCGGCUAUACCCACUUGUAUGAAGUUCUGAAGAGCCAGAGUCAGCCAACGAACAGGCUGCUACAGGAGCUCCUAAACAUGGCAGUGGAAGGCGACCACAGCUCUUUCCCUAUGCGCCUGAUCCACAAUGAACAGCCGCUUUUGAUUCUCAUCAUGUGGAUCCCAGAACUGAAGUCCCAGGACCUCCAAGUCUUCCUUUCCGACUGGCUGAAAAAAAUCUGCAACUCUUCCCUCCAGAGCCGCACCACGUGUGUGAAGGCAGGGAUGGUUGGCUGCCUCUUGGACGCUCUGUGCACCACAGUGCAAGAACUGGAUGGGAAGUGCGCAGAAAACCUCAUCUAUCUGUUGCAAGUCCUGGGCAGCCUCUCCAUCCAGCCAGGUGAACUAAGGCAGCUUCUCAAGCUACUCCGGACCGAGCAGGGUAAAGGGGCCCAUCCGUAUACCCCGCAGGUGAUCCGGGCUCUUUCAGGUAUGGCCCGGAAGGACGGGCCGGAGAGAGCGCUGCAGUACUUCGAUCUUACCCCCAGCAUGGCGGGGAUCAUGGUGCCUGCCAUCCAGAAGUGGCCCGGAAGCGGUUUUGCCUUCCAUGCCUGGGUGUGCCUUGUGGAUGAGACCAGGGAUUGUCCCGAGGAGAUGGCCAAGCUGAAGCGGAAGCAGCUAUACAGCUUCUUCACAGCCAGCGGGACUGGUUUUGAGGCCUUCUUCACCACCGAUGGGAUGCUGGUGGUGGCUGUCUGCACCAAAAAGGAGUACAUGACAGUCGCCCUGCCAGAGUUUCCUUUCAAUGAUGCAGCCUGGCAUUGCAUUGAUAUUGUCCACAUCACCGGGCGACGGCCCUUUGGCCAGAAUGUUGUGAACAUUUAUGUGGAUGGACAGCUCCGGAAGAUGGCCCAGCUGCGAUUCCCUUCCCUUGGCGAGUCGUUCACUUCUUGCUGUAUUGGUUCUGCCGGCCACCGGACGACGACCACUUCUACCGUCUAUCCCUCUCCGUCCCACUCGCCAGAGCUGGGCUUCCCCUCCCACCCUUCCCUGAGCCGCUCCCAGUCCUUCCCAGCUUCCCUGGCACCUCAUACCUGGGCACCUAUUCCGCCUCAGCCUCCCAAGGAAGGCUUGGUCUCUACCACGGUUGCUGGGAGCCAAGACACGGAGUGGGGGGUGCCCACUUCGCUCGAGGGGCACCUUGGAUCAGUCUCCAUCUUCUGCGAAGCGCUUCAGCUUGCGCAAGUCAAAGCACUCUACUCCUCAGGGCCAAAUGCGACGCCAGAAGGGGAUUUCCUGGAACUCAGUAGUAAACUACUUCUGUAUUAUGCACCACAGGCCUGUAAAAGUAACAUCUGCCUGGACCUUUCCCCCAACCACUUCUUUGAUGGGAGGCUGACUGGGCACAAAAUGGUGAACUGGGAUGUCAAGGAUGUGGUGAACUGUGUCGGUGGCUUGGGCGUGCUGCUUCCCCUGCUGGACCAGGUGGCAUCGCAGAAGGAAGAGUCCCAAGACAACCAGGAGACCCAUGACUUGGUUGGCCCAGAACUGACCUCCUCACGCAACGCCCAGGGCAUGCUCAUCCCGCUGGGGAAAUCCUCAGAAGGCAGACUGGAGCGGAACGGAGUGGCUGCUUUCCUGCUGUUGGUGAAGAACUUUCUCUGCGGUCAUGCUGUCAAUCAGGAGAGCCUGGUCCAGUGCCACGGACCGGCCAUCAUUGGGGCUUUGCUCCAGAAGGUCUCCAGCCAGGCAAUGGACAUGAAUGUGCUGAUGGCAUCUCAGAUCCUGAUGGAGCAGGUGGCCUCCGAAGGAAACAGCCUUUUGCUACACCUGCUGUACCAAUACUUGCUGUUUGACUUCCGCAUCUGGAGCAACUGUGACUUUGCAGUCCGACUAGGUCACAUCCAGUACCUGUCCAACAUAAUUAAGGAUCACAAACAAAGGAUCCGCAAGAAAUAUGGGGUUCAGUACAUCCUAGACUCCAUCAGGACUUACUAUGGGAUGUGUAAGGAGAAGCCCAUCGCAACCGAUGAUAUAAGGACAGUGCAGACAUCUCUCUUCAGCCUGGUGAAGGACUUCCUCUGCAGGACCUUCUCCACAGAGGAGAUGCAGAGCACUCUGAACUACCUGGCAGCCGUGAAUGAGGAACACCAGGUGUGUGGGAUGCUGGAGGUAAUUCACAGCUUGCAAAAGAACUCCCCAUCCCAGGAACAGAUUUAUACUUUCCUAUUUGAGCCGGGAAAUGUGGAGAUCCUGUUCUCGCUACUUGUCCAGCGGAAGUUCUCAGAUGAAGUGCGAGAGAGAAUUUUCAAGAUCCUGUACAAGUUGCUGAAGUAUGAGAAAGUGAACGAACGGAGCAAAUACCGAUUGAAGCUGAAGGACAUUGGCUACCAGGGCCUCCUCUCAUCCCUGAAUGACAUUCCAGUUUCCAUGCUCCUCUUCCGGUGCCUCUUGGAGCAAGUCCUUGGAUCAGAUUCCCCGAACUACAAGGAUUUAAUGGCUGUCGUUUACCUUUCUCACCGGGCUGAACUGGCUGUCAGGCUAGACAUCUGCAGGAAGCUGUUCCACCGGAUUUACUCCCAGCACGACAUGGUGAAACAACUGUCCAAGCUCGCUGGCUGGCAAGACACUCUCACCAAGCUCUACAUCAAGGAGUCCUACCAGUCCCGCCAACACAGCCUGUCUGGCUCUGCCAACGGUGGGGGCUGCCUCGACCUCUUGAAGAUCACAGAGCAGCCUGGCACAGAAAUGGGGAAGGAGUUGGCGGACUCCGUGAAUCCCUCUGCCACUGACCUCCAUGACCUAGACGUCUUCCUCCCACUGGGCUGCGAGGCCUCGGACCAGGAGUUUUCCGAAGGCUUCUCAGACCACUCCAUCUCUCCCACCAGCCAAAGGGGCAAGCCCUACCCUCCGUAUGGCUUCAAGUGCUUUGACUCCCUGGACCUGGCCAGCCAUUCUUCCUCUUCCAAUAACAUUGACAUCCCUGGGCAGGGAGAGGCCCAAGCCGGAGACAUGGUCCAGGCAGACCGGGUCUACCACCCGCUCUCUCCCUUCUCCAUGUCCCCCUUUGACUUGGGCUUGGACAUGGGUAGCACCAGCUCUGCAGCAACUGUAGAGAGUGGAAACCAGACGCCGGUGAGCCUGCCGGGAACUCCGUCCCCCCUGGAUAAUUUCAAACCCUUUCCAGGCACACGGGCCCGAAAGAGCUCCAGCCUCUCAAAUGUGCUGGAUGACACCAGCUACCAAGAGACUUUGCCCAGCGACAAUAUCUCCAACACAAGUAAUCCUCAGCAAACUCCUGAGGAAGAACUGUGCAACCUCCUUACCAACAUCAUCUUUUCUGUCACCUGGCGAGGAGUGGAGGGCUGGGACGAUGCGGCCUGGAAAGAACGGGGCCAGGUCUUCUCUGUCCUCACCAAGCUGGGUUCAGCCUGUGAACUGGUGCGCCCACCAGACGAGAUCAAACGGAGCCUUUUAGAGAUGAUGAUGGAGUCGGCAUUGACGGACAUUAAAGAGGCCACUCCAGCCAUGCUGCCAAGUCUGACACAGAACGCUCUGAAGCUGCUGCGUCUCCUUCAGGAUUUCCUCUUCUCUGAGGGUCACAACAACCAGGCCUUGUGGAGUGAGAAGGUUUACGAGGGUAUCAACAGCCUACUGGACAAGUUGGGAGUCUGGUACCACUUGGCCAACGGCACCUCUGACUUGAAAGAGAUGGCCCAGAUUGGCUUGCGGGUGCUGAUUGGCUACAUCAUGUUGGAGGAUGUGCAGCUGCAGUCCAUGGCUUACGUGAAGCUCCACAGCCUUCUCCAGACAGCCUCAGCCCCCAAGAAGGAGGAGGCCUGUUACCUGCUGGGCAAGCUGGAGACCCCCCUUCGGCGUUCCCUGCACUGCAAGUCGGAGACCUUCUCCUGGCUGGUUCCUAUCAUCCGCACUUUGAUGGACCAGUGCUACGACAUUCUGCAGCUGCAGCAAUUUCUCCCUUCGCUGCCCCCCACCAACGGGAGCCCCACCUUCUAUGAGGACUUCCAGGUCUUUUGCACCACUCCGGAGUGGAUGGCUUUCAUCGAGAGGCACGUGCAGCCCACCAUGGCCCAGUUUGAAAUGGACACGUUUGCCAAGAGUCACGACCACAUGUCGAACUUCUGGAACUCCUGUUACGACGCCUUGAUGAGCAGCUCCCAGAGGAGAGAGAAAGAGAAAGCUGAGAGCAGGAGGAAGUUCCAGGAGCUCAUUUUGGAACCGGUAAUGAAGCGGGCAAAGUACGAGAACAUCCGACACACAAAUAUGCUGAAGCAGGUCAACAACCAUCACAACACGGUCCUGAAGCAAUGGAAGGCACUGCGGCGCUUGCUUACGUCCCGGCGCUCGGCAUGGGCUGAUCGGAAUCCUCCUGAUACAUGCUGGAAAUUGUCAAGCGUGGAGACCUACUCACGAAUGAGGCUAAAGCUGGUACCCAAUUAUAACUUUGACCGCCACGUGGAGGCGAGCGCUCUUCGGGACAAUCUAGGUGCUGACUGGCACAGCCCAGCAGAGUCGCUCCCCUUAGCAGUUGCCAAGGAGGCAAAGGUCAGUGAGAUGCAAGAUGACCAGUUGGCGGAAGAAGACCUCUCCUUCCUGGACAACCACGUGGAGCCCAAGGAGCAAAGCCAGCGCGAGAAGCUGAUGAUAUCAGAAGACUGUGAACUGAUCACCAUUGUGGCUGUGAUCCCAGGACGCCUGGAAGUCACUACUCAGCACAUCUAUUUUUAUGAUGGCAGCAGCGAGAAGGAUGAGACUGAGGAAGGAAUCGGCUAUGAUUUCAAGCGUCCCUUGUCGCAGCUCCGGGAACUGCACCUCCGCCGCUACAACCUCCGCCGGUCAGCCCUGGAGUUCUUCUUCAUUGACCAGGCAAAUUACUUCCUCAACUUCAAAAAGAUGGUUAGAAACAAGGUGUACUCUUCCAUCCUCAGCCUGCGGCCACCGAAUCAAAUUUAUUUCGCCAGCCGUUCCCCACAGGAAUUGCUGAAGGCUUCAGGCUUGACUCAGAAAUGGGUUUACAGAGAAAUCUCCAACUUUGAAUACCUCAUGCAGCUGAACACUAUUGCGGGCCGGACCUACAACGAUCUUUCCCAGUACCCCGUGUUUCCGUGGAUCCUGCAGGAUUACGUCUCAGAGACCCUAGAUCUCAACAACCCUACUGUGUUCCGGGAUCUUUCCAAGCCCAUUGGGGUAGCCAAUGAGAGACACGCUAAAGAUGUUAAGGAAAAGUAUGAGAGCUUUGAGGAUCCCACAGGCAUGAUUGACAAGUUCCACUAUGGCACCCACUACUCCAACGCUGCAGGUGUCAUGCACUACCUGAUCCGCACGGAGCCCUUCACUACUCUACACAUUCAGCUGCAAAGUGGAAGGUUUGACUGCUCUGACCGGCAGUUUCAUUCUGUUCCGGCUGCCUGGCAAGCCCGCAUGGAGAACCCUGUGGAUGUAAAGGAGCUAAUCCCAGAAUUCUUCUAUUUUACAGACUUCCUGGAAAAUCAGAAUGGCUUUGAUCUGGGCUCUCUUCAGAUGUCGAAUGAAAAAGUGGGGGAUGUCAUCCUUCCCCGAUGGGCCAAGUCCCCAGAAGACUUUAUCUACAAGCACAGAAAAGCCCUGGAAUCAGAGUAUGUGUCUGCUCAUCUCCAUGAGUGGAUUGACUUAAUCUUCGGGUACAAGCAAAGAGGUCCUGCAGCCGUGGAAGCCCUGAACGUCUUCUAUUAUUGCACAUAUGAAGGAGCAGUUGACUUGGAUGCCAUUGCUGAUGAAACCCAACGGAAGGCUUUGGAAGGCAUCAUCAGCAACUUUGGGCAGACCCCAUGCCAACUGCUGAAGGAGCCUCACCCUGCCCGGCUUUCUGCUGAAAAUGCCUCCAGAAGACUGUCUCGGCUUGACACCUUUUCGCCCAACAUUUUUGAGAACCUCAGCCAGCUCAAAUCUUUCUUUGUUGAAGGUAUCAGUGAUGGAAUCCCUCUGGUGCAAGUGGUAGUCCCGAAGAACCAAGCCCACUCCUUCAUGACUCAGGGCUCCCCUGAUGUGCUGGUCACUGUAAGUGCCAGUGGGUUGCUGGGAACUCAUGGGUGGCUACCCUACGACAAAAACAUAUCCAACUAUUUCAGCUUCACCAAAGACUCCACUGUCUCCAAUGCAAAGACCCAGCGCUACCUGUAUGGCCCCUUUGCACCUGGGGUGGAGGUCUCCUCAAAGACACUGGCCGUCUCUCAUGAUGGGAAGCUCCUCUUCAGCGGAGGCCAUUGGGACAACAGCUUACGGGUGACCUCACUGAGCAAAGGGAAGGUUGUGGGGCACAUCAACAGGCACAUAGACGUUAUCACUUGCCUGGCCUUAGAUCUGUGUGGAAUCUACCUCAUUUCCGGGUCACGAGACACCACCUGCAUGGUUUGGCAGGUCCUACAGCAGGGUGGCUUCUCUAGCGGCCUAGCACCCAAGCCCAUCCAGGUUCUCUAUGGCCAUGAUGACGAAGUCACGUGUGUCGCCAUCAGUACAGAAUUGGAUAUGGCUGUGUCGGGCUCAAAGGAUGGUACCAUCAUAGUGCAUACAAUCCGCCGGGGCCAGUUCAUGAAGUCACUCAAGCCCCACUGUGACAGCUCCCUGCCCAUGACCAUCGCCAACCUUGCUGUGGGGCACGAGGGGCAGAUCAUUGUCCAGACGACUGUGGAAGGAAGGGCCUGCCUGAAGGACAAGUUUGCCUUGCACCUUUACUCUGUCAAUGGCAAGCACCUCUCUUCCGUUCCCCUGGAUGAGCAGGUCACCUCCAUGUGCGUCACCGAAGAGUUUGUAGUGCUGGGGACCAUUCAAUGUUCGUUGCAGAUCCGGGACCUUCAGAGCCUUCAGGCAGCCGUUUCUCCUCUGGCCAUGAAGGUCCCUAUCCAUAGUGUCUCUGUGACGAAGGAGAAGAGCCACAUCUUGGUUGGCCUGGAGGAUGGGAAGCUGAUCGUGGUUGGAGCAGGCCAACCUUCUGAGGUGAGGACAGGGCAGUUCCAUAGGCGGCUGUGGCGUUCCACGCGGCGCAUCUCCCAGGUGUCAUCUGGCGAGACGGAAUACAACCCAGCAGAGUCCAAAUAACUGACUUGGGCCAGCUUCCAUUCCUCCUGUUGCCUUGCAGCUCCGUCUGCCUUCGAGGACACGCAGUCCGCCCAGAUUUGCCUACUUGGGGAACGGCAGAGGGGGCAUUCUCAACCCUGCUGGCAGCCUGACCCCAUCGGAUGAUCUCUUCACACCAUCCCUGGAAUGCUGCGGUCCACAGACUUUCCGCAUGGAAACUGCCUCAAGGACUCCUUUGCAAACCAGAGGUCUAUGCACAUGUAGAACUGGCCUUCUGAGUUCGCAGAAUUGGGAGGGAAUAUUUCUAGAAUCUGUCCAGCUUUUCCCCAUUUCCCAAUUUUAUUACUGUUGUUGUUCUUGUUAUUAUUAUUUUAUUCCUGUGGAGCUUGAAGUGGCAAAUGUUUGUAUUAGUCGUCUUACACUGGAAGGUGAGAGAAGGGAGAGGGAGGACUUUUUUGAGUGGAUAACAGGGCAAGUAAAUGAAACCUCCCCCUUCUAUGUUUGGCAGGGGAGAAAAAAUUGCAAUAGAUGCACCAGCCCCAAGAUGGUGUCCUGGUUUCCCUGUGGUGGCCUUAAGCGGAGUCUCUGUUGCACUACGUAGAAAACUUGCACCAAAACCCAAGGACUGUUGCUUUUGUUUGCCCAGACAAGAGGUUAGUCAUCCGGUCCUGGGAGAAAGCCUUAACGGCUGGCUGAAGUAUGUCCCAUUGGAGGAAGACUCUAUGGGUUCUCAAGUUGGGAUGCUUUCCUCCAACUGGGCAGCAAACUGGGCAGCGAACUCCAACAAGGUGGCCAAACCUGCAAGCGUUGAGCCAAGGAUGCUUGGUGAACAUAUGUGGGACAUUUUCUCCGCAUCCAUAAAAAUACACUGUCUUUGGAAAAAGUGAGAAGGGUGAUGGUCUGGCUCACAGUCAGGGCCAAUUUGUCCUGUUGACACCAAGAGAGCAGCUUGGCACUUGGAGGAGCCAAAGCAUGCCUAUGUCUCUACUCUGACUGUACCUCCAGAGAAUCAGAUGGAUUAUGGGCUCCACAGAUGUCUUCAGCAGCAAUAAACUCCUUACGCUCAGUAGCUUGGGCUCACCAGUCUCCUCAGCCUCAUGCCCACACUCCCAAAUGCCACACUCCAUUGCACCUCUUUUUUAAAACAUAAGAGAGCACUGCCCUCCAUCCACCAUCAGUAGCAAUAGCAGAGACAGUUGACAUGCUUUAAGAAAAAAAAUAUUGGUGGAAGGUAGCUGAGAUGUUCUGUCAAGACAGCUGACAAAGGAUGUUUUACAUGUUUUUUUUUUGUGACUCCGUUUUCCAGUGAUAUUUUUUCCCUUUGAAGCACCUUUUGAACAUCAGAACUGCAAGUUAAAUUGUGAAAAGCUGUUUUAGAAGAGACACUGCAAGCAUUUGGGGCUUUGGGUACCAGUUUGGACAGUUAUUUUCACAUUCUUCCCCAUUUUUCAUACAAUCCCGGUUGCACGAAAAACUGAAAUGGCCUCCCCUGGCUGCCGCUGCUGCUUCUCUAUCUGUUCCUGGAAACCAGUGUCUGUUCCUGGUUUUGGGGUGGAGCAGACAAUUAAACCCCAUCUUCACUUGGUAGUCUAGAAUGAAGGUUGGUUCAACUCUGAAAUCUGUAGUCUGGUUGGCUGUAUCUAUGUCAGGCAUGUGUUUAAACCUAAAUCAAAAUUCCCAUGGAGGCAUUGCUUGAGAACUUUACUUGAGUUUGCCAGUUGGGGGUAUAUUACAACCAUAAGGGUUUGGAAAUAAUAUUGCCUGGACUUCUGCAGUGAGUCAGUGCUGGAAGGAGUAGUUUCUGCUUUUUCAUCACUCCUCUACAUUUCCUUUUUGUCAUUCUGUCCGUGUGAUUCAGUUUCAUUCCUGUGGCUGUUUGGUGUUGUCCUCCGUAUCUUCAUCCUGCAUUUGGAUGGAGGAUACUGAACCUGUGGGAUGGGAAAGCACCUCUGUGUCCCACACACAUUUGGCCAUCUCUCUAAAUCAGGGUUGGGAACUGUCAGAGUUAAGGGGGUCAUAUUAGCCCCCGCAAGAGACCAUGGAGGACGCUGCCACAUCCCCAAGCAAAAAUUUUUUAAUUAGUUGCCUCCAAAUGUUCCUCAACAUUUGGCCAUGUUUUGGUCUAACUGUGCCAUUUAGGAAGUACCUGUAAUUCCUGUUUUUUAAAAUCCAUCUCCUGGACCUACAGUGAUCCAAGGAAAGGGCCAGUGAUGGCAUAGAAGACCCCCCUGCCCCACAAACCUUAGAGGGCAUGGGGGAAAUAUUUUUGAUCCAUGAUCUGCAUUUUAUGCCCCUCCUUGGUUUAAAACAUGUACAGACUGACUUCAGAUCCUUCCUUUCUUCCUUCCUUUCUUGUGCGUGUCUGGCUACUUAACCAAACUGUUUUUUUUUAAUCUGGAAAAGUGGGUCAGGGUAGUUUAAGAUGCAGCUUGAACCCUGCAUCUCAUGCCUGGGUUCCAUCUCUCUGGCCAUGCUGAUAGAAUAGGAUUGAAUUACUAGAAGCUUAAAGGGAAAAUCCAUGUCCCUUGUCCAUCUUCACCUAUCCUCCUCCUUGCAUUACAUCACAGUUUUGUCUUGCUGUGGAGAGUGUUUUGGCACCAAGGUUCUGGAUUGAAGACUUUGCUGUGUGAGAAGAUGCUCAAGUCGAUCCUCCUUGAAAAGCAACCCCCAUUUUUCUUCCUUGAGCUACUGUUGUUUCAUUUUCAGUCAUAUUGAUUCAUAUGCCCUGUGAACAGUUUUCUCUUGCCGUCAAUUUGGUCCAGCAGCAAUGAGAAGAGCUUCUAUGGAGGCUUAGUUGUCUGUUGUUUAUUUGCCAGUAAGGUUGGGAAAAUAAAAUGUAUGGUGAAUCCUCCAUCCUUCUCUUCCAGUCUUUCCCUUGAAGAUGGCUCCAAGACCUUUUCAAAUGACUGAAGGGUUGCUGGCUGCUCUGGGACACCACAGUUCCUCCCAGUAGGUUACCGAAAUGAAUGUGGGACCUUUGGAGGAAGACGCAGUGGCAGGUUGGCGUGAAGCAUUGCACUGUGAAUCCUGAAACUCAGCAGAGGAAGACGUGUUGCACUGGAUUGUUGACCCCUGAAGGUUUUUGCCUAGAGGAUUUUGUCAAGUUCUCAUCUUUUCCUUAGGACCCAUCAACUCGCUUUGUUCCAAACAGCGGAGAAUGAGGAUGCCCAUUCCUAUAAGAAUUACCUACUCCUUUCCUCCUCCUUCCAUGAUGAGAAAACUCUUAAAGCAAUGGCUGCCAGCCCCCUUCUCUCUCCUGCCUCUCUUGAAAAUAUAAUAAUUCCAGGGCAAAGACCCAAGUUCCAAGAAAUAUCAAGUGCAAUACUUGCAUUUUGCAGGAAAAUGCGUGUUUUUUGUUUUGUUUCCCAACUGUCCUGCUGUGUCGCUCUUUUCCUGUGUACAUAAUUAUAUAUAUAGAUAAUACAAAACAGGUUUUGUAACUUUUAUGAAUAAUGUUGAUCCAAACUUUUCUACUUUUUUUUUGUAUUUAAAGCAGGGGUGGGGGUAAAAGGGGGUUGCUUGUGAGCUUUUGGGAUUUCUGCUGGCUUUGAAAUAGAAAGGAACACAGAUAGGAAAUGUUACUAUUGGGAGGGGAAUUACAACUCCCAGAAUACCCCAGCUGGAGGAUUCUGAGAAUUGUAGUCUCCCCAAAAGUAAUGUUUCCCAUGUCUGGCAAGGAGUAAACAUCCGGGUCUCAGUGUGGAUUUGUCCUUUGUUUGAUACAAGAAUUUAAGGUAGAGGAGGGUUCAGACCCAACCGCUUUGCACAUGACUAGACUAGGGAACAGAGAUAACAUCCCAGACUCUCUUCACAGGACUUUGCAUGCGUGUUUCCUUCUUUGGACGCACAUGUUCACACACCAGCAUUAUUGGAAGGCCCUGCAUCUAGCAAUGGUUGCUUGGAGUCCUUUCAGACUUGAUCCUUCCAUGGCAUGGAUCCCAAACUUGAAAAUCCUGAACUUGAAAACGAGUUCUGCUUGGCCUGUUCUUCAACAGCUUCUCUUGUGUCUAGCUAGCAGACAAUUUGCACUAUUGUUCACUCCUACUGAACUCCUACAUAUAACCACUCAAGCCUUCUUGGCUGCAGGAUCCUUCCUCGAAAGCAUCAGAAAUAGACUGUGCAGGUGGGAUAGUGGCCUCCAUCCCUUGAAUAAAGUGCUCAAAAGUGUUUUCACAUAAAGGUGGGACGUGGUCGUGCAUCAACCUCUCGAGAAUAUUGACAUCUCUUGGAUCCCACUGCUGUGGUUGCAAAGACUAAAGGUGUAGGUAAUUGCCACUCUUAAUAUGAGGGGCAUUUCUAGACGUGUGAAUCUAAUCUUCCUGCCCCAUCCCUUUGCAGUAACAUGCAACUCGGGCAGAAAGCUGCUUUUCUGAUGUGCAAUUUGGACAUGGUUUCCUAUAUGGUUAACAGGGUAUAGAGGAGCCACUUGGGACAGGAGGAAUUGAGAGCAGUAGUUCUCUGGUUUUAGUCCUUUAAGUGUUUAGGACUUCCAACUCCCAGAGGCUCCAACUGGCUCAAUGAAUGCCUGGGGAUCUGGGGAGAUGAAGUGUAAAAACCUGGAGUAAUAGCAUUUGGGAACCACCGCUUUCAAUAGCACACUAGGAGGAGUUAUUGCCCGCAUCUGUAUUGAUUUCUAAGGAACUGUCCAGUUCUGGUUCCUUGAUUUCCAAAACCAAGGUAAAGGAAGCAAAAGCCCAGCUCCUUUUCCUUGUGACAAGGGUAGGUUUGCAUUGGGGUUUGCCAAAUUUGAUAGAAUGUGGCCCUUGGGCUCUCUGUUGUAAGGAUGAGCUUAGAGGGGUUUUUGCCUCAUUCUCCUUGUAGCGUUGCGACCCCCAAAAAGAAUUAGAAGGGGAAGGACAAAUCCACCUUCAGACUGUCUACUCUCAGGAAAAAAAGACUAUCCAAAGCCAAAGGCUGAGUCCGUCCACAGCUCUUUUUUCCAAAAUGAAAUAAUGAAAGCACAAUCUGAACGUCUCUGAGAUUUUUCAAAGUUUAUGCCUUAAAACGCGAGAGGGACUUCUUGCCUUCGUCUGUCCUGGGCCUUCCCCACAGAAUUGUUGGUAUUCUGUUCACACAACUUUAAAUAAAAUUUGGAAAAAAGAAAGAAAAGAAA